AUUGACUUCACUGGAUUUCUACAACGUUGAAAAAUGUUUCUACGACUGGAAACCAGCAGAACUUUUGUGUAGAUAGCUCCUGUAGUAGACGUGAGGACACCGUGUUACAAACCAAACUUCUCAGGAAUUCACCGGGGAGAGAGCCGACUGGCACUUUGUCGUGCACAAGACUUUUUUUCUGGAGGACAGUAAUAAACGUCGCGUGCGAGAAAACCUACCACCAUGAAUCGGUACCAGCUGAUGAAGCAGGUCGGAGAUGGAACGUACGGCAGCGUGUUGCUGGGAAAGAGCAACGAGACGGGUGAAAUGGUCGCUAUCAAAAAAAUGAAGAAGAAAUUUUAUUCAUGGGAAGAGUGUAUGAAUCUUAGAGAAGUCAAGUCUUUGAAGAAACUGAAUCAUGCCAAUGUUAUAAAACUGAAGGAAGUCAUCCGAGAGAACGACACUCUAUAUUUCAUCUUUGAAUACAUGAAGGAAAAUCUGUACCAGCUUAUGAAAGAUAGGGACAAGUUAUUUCCGGAGUCGGUGAUACGGAACAUCCUGUACCAGAUCACACAAGGGAUGGCCUUCAUGCACAAGCACGGCUUCUUCCACAGAGACAUGAAGCCAGAGAACUUGUUAUGUAUGGGACCUGAGCUCAUCAAGAUCGCAGACUUUGGACUGGCCCGAGAAAUCCGCUCCAGACCUCCGUACACAGACUACGUAUCAACAAGAUGGUACAGAGCACCAGAAGUAUUGCUAAGAUCCCGGAACUACAGCUCACCGAUCGACAUGUGGGCCAUCGGCUGUAUCAUGGCAGAGCUGUACACCCUGAGACCUCUCUUCCCAGGCAGCAGUGAGGUGGACGAAAUCUUCAAAGUCUGCCAAGUUCUGGGCACGCCUAGCAAGUCUGACUGGCCGGAGGGUCACCAGUUGGCAGCAGCAAUGAACUUCCGCUUCCCUCAGUGUGUACCGACCAACCUGAAAACCCUCAUCCCUAAUGCCAGCAAUGAGGCGAUCCAACUCAUGAGAGACAUGCUGCAGUGGGAUCCCAAGAAGAGACCAACAGCUGCACAGUCCCUGAGAUACCCGUACUACCAAGUCGGGCAAAAUCUGGGACCCAAGAUGACCCAGCAGCAGCUGAUCGCACACCAAGGUGGCACGUCUCCUGCCAAACAACCGCUGAAGGAGAUCCAGCCUCCGCAACAACAUCAGCAUCACCACGCUGCUGAUGUAACACUGCCAGCCGUAACCAAUCAGAAGCAGCCGGAACCUGUGGCCGCAAAGGCUGCUGGGAGGAAACGAUGGGGAGCGCAGCCGGCCGACAGUUUUGACGAUCUAGAUGACGAGUUCGACUUUCUGUCAAGUUACUCCAAAAAGCCCUCUGUUCACAAGAAGAAAGAGGACGACUCUACGACGGAACUGGACUCCAUUUUUGGGAGUGCCAAGCCCUCAGCGAUACACGUCAACACGAAGCAACAGCCGCCAGACUCUGGGAGGUCCACCACCAGGUCAUCAGCCAAGCAGCAUUACUUCAGACAGUCCAGAUACAUGCCAGGGAUGAACAGUACGAAGGGGAGUGCCAACCAAGAGGCCAGCCUGUUUGGGAACAGUCCGUACCAGAACAAGCCCUCUGUCACCGGCAUGAACGUCAACAGAACCAACUACAAUGCGCUUGGUGGUGCUGGUUAUGGCCGAGACAGGACGUAUGAUGGUGGGUACAUACCAUCCUUCAGCAAGAAGGAGGUGGGGUCAGCUUCUCAGAGAGUGCAGCUCCCAAACAAUGCUGGGACAAACUACAGCCAGUGGAAGGCGGCACGUGCCCAGCCAGGUGCGUUCACCUACCAGCCAACCAGGAAUCCAUCAGGACUCCGACAUGUCAACCCUAUCAGUGGGAGAACAGACUGGGCCGCCAAGUAUGGUGGUCAUCGGUAGCAGGAGCUGGCUAGUCACUCUCCCCAUGACAAACAACUUAGUGCAGUACAAACCUGUAUCAUCUUAAGCAGUCAUG